UUCCCUCCUCACUCUGGUAGUGGAAGGGUUGCUUCAGGACGGUGCUAGAUCAAGGCGGAGGCAAUCCACCUCAUGGAUUAGGAGCGAUGGAGGAAGGACGAACUUUUAUGAAUGAGUAAAGCGUUACUGUUUAAUCAAUACAUCGCACCAACCUUCGUGGACGGUUUUUCCCCUCAUUUUAAAUUUCCCGCCAGUGCCCGCAAAACAGCGCAGGCGCAAGCCGCUUUGCGCAGCCUCGGUGAGUUUGGAGCGUGCGGCGUGUCGUCACAGGGGAGGUAGUGUGACGGUUCAGCGGCUGUGGAGUGUUCGUCGGUGGCUCGGCGGAUUGAGUGGCUCACCGUGAAGGACAGGGCCGGGGCUGGCUUAGCGUCGCCUCGAAACCAUGGCAAACUACACGCACACCACCAACAUCAUGGACCUAGCGGGUCUGCAAGACCUUAGGAAACACUCUGUCAUCGAACCUAGAAUCACUAUCAAAGAGUUAACAAUUAACUUCAAUGAUAUCAUAGAAGGAAAGGAUGAGUGGAGUGUACAAGACAAAAUUUCUCAAAAGGUUUUACGCAAAUUGCUGGACCAUAUUGUGUUACGGUCAUUUAUCAUUGCACUACUUAUUGGAAGUUGUAUUGCCAUCAGUUGUCAGACAGACCCUGCCAUCUUGGAGAGCUACGCCAUGUUCUUUGCAAUAUUUGAACAAAUAUUGGUGACUAUCUUUCUCUGGGAAAUGUUGCUGAAAUGGUACUAUGGAUUCUGGAUAUUCUGGAAGGAUGGUUGGAACAUUGCAGAUUUCUUCGUCACAUCCGCCUUAUUCAUAGGUUCCACUGCGUCAUUCACGAGGAAUCAUGAGCUCUUUUAUGUAUUGAGAGUACUGAGAGCUCUGCGAAUGGUGCGGAGUUUAGCUGCGAUCCAGGGUCUGGCCAUUAUGGUGCAGGUAAUCAUCCAGUCAGUUUCCGACAUGGCCAAUGUUAUCUUCCUGCUCAUCCUGAUCACAUUGGUAUUCGCUGUGUUUGGGGUGAUCAUAUUUAGCACUGCAGUUCCAGAAUCAUUUGGGAGUUUGGAGAAAGCUAUGUACUCGCUGUUCAUCUGCAUCACACAAGAUGGAUGGGUGCAAAUUUAUGAACAAUUUGUGCAAAAGGAUGGAGCAACAAUGUACUGGGGUGCACUGUACCUUUUCAUCUUCAUCAUUGGAGCAUCUUUUAUCUUUGCAAACAUCAUGGUUGCCGCAGUGACUUCAAACCUGGAGCAAGCAAUGAUAGAGCAAGAGGAGAAGAGGCAUACUUUGACUGACGAUACAUCUCUAAUGCCUGAGUUGAAAGAUGAGGGCGAAUCAGGCCCUAGGAUGCCCUUGAUCCAUGUGCAAGACUGUAUUAGGCACAUCAUCAUGGCUCACAAACAGCAACCAAUGAAGUACAGCUCUCUGGAAAAUCUCAAUCUCACAACAUACGAGGAAUUCUGUCUAGUGCUUGAAGCUAUCCAGAGGAACAUCAUGCACUAUAAGCAGAUUCGCCUUGAGCUGAAUAGCAUUGUAAAAGAGCUACGUGAUAUUUUAUUUAACCGUGAGCAACAGAAGCAGAUUAUGCAUCAUGAGAAAAGGAUACUGGAUGUGACUGAGGCUCUACUCACCAAUGAUAUGCCAACAUUCAAAAAGAAGGAAAUGCUCAGCCAUUUGUUGGGAAUGGAAAAGGUGCGAAAGGCAAACAACAGCAAUACGGGCAGCAGUCUAUACUCAAGAGCAUCAGACAUUCCACAGUCUUCAUCACAUAUUAUAAGGCAUGUGUCUGAUAACUAGUUACUAGGCAUCAAACUCAAUGCACCAUUUGUUAUACAAACUUGGCACUGCAAUGUUGAGGAACAGUUCAAUGUCAUUAUGAAGAUAUCAUUCCCAGGGCAGAAGUGAAUGUGGUCUGAGUAGAUUGGAAGCAUUCAUUUGGCUGGAAUGUAAAGGUAACUCCAGUCAGGAUCUCUUUGUAAGGUGAUGGAUUGCAGGAUGGUUGGAAUGACUCAAGUUCCUUCCAAGCCCACAAGAGCAGUGCACAAGCCAGUGUUCUGUAAUGACAUCUGGUUCUGAUUGUAUUGGUCUUUGUCUCCUGUUCUUCCUGAAUCAUUUCUUCACAGACAAAAAGGAAGGUUAGUUCUGCUAUCAAGCUGACAAGAAUCUACUAACAGGAACAUUGCACUCAGUAGAAAUGGAAACUUGGGGAAGAUGUUGUACACAUUUCUACUGGUGCCAGCAUCUAGCAGAAUCUAUGUCAUACUUAUACCCCAGCCGUACAGCUGCAGAUCAGCUUAUUCUGGCCCAGUUCCCAGGUUUGGGCAUCAUGCUUUGAUAAGCAGAGAGGUGUAAAAUUGCACACAAGUUGUGUAGUACCAGGUGAAAGUUUCUAUCCUGUACUGCACUAAGAGUGCAUAAUUAUGCUUUAUUGUAAAUCAGAUAGAUGUGAAAAUUAAAAAUA